UUAUUUUAUUAAUAAAAUCUGGGCAUUAAUUGUGAUAAUUUUUUUAUGUUAAUAACCUUAAUUCAAGCUCUGUCAAAAAAUGGAGGAGGUUUUAAGAGAAUUAAAUAAACUACGUUUAGAUAAUUUGAUUGAAGAAUGGGUACAAGCUAUUUAUGAAUCUGAAUUCUUAGAAUUUAACGAAAUUCCUGCUGAUUACGAAAAUUCAGUGGAAUAUGUUGACAUAAAAUCUAUAUUUCACAGUGCUAUGAAUGCAAUAGACGCAUGGCUUAACACAAAUUUAGAUAACGAAGAAGAGAGAUCGUGGACUGUUUUGUCACAUCAAAUUAAACACCAACACUUAUUAGCUCUAUUAGCUUACUACAUAGACUUUGGUGGUAAAAAUGUCGUCUCAAGAGAACACCGAAAUAACGCUAUACAGGCAUCUCGCUUAUAUUAUAAGCUGCUUUGCAUUCCUGGAUAUAAAGCAUACAACAUUUAUCACUCACAACUUUUCACGCACUCACUGGUUUGUCUAAACUAUCCUAAAGCUAUGUGUGACAAUGAAGAAAAUUACUUCAAUGCAAAAGAACUUACUUGUGAGGUAAAUUCUGUCAUUAAAGAACUGGGUUACUUCGUAAAUGACUUAAGGCAAAUUAUUCAAAACUUACAUUUGACUUCAAAUGAUAUGAAUUUUGAAGACAUUGUGAGCAAUUUAGUAGAUAUAACAGGAGGAGCCAUAGUUAACAAAUUAAACAUAGAUAAAAUAGAACUGGCCAAGCUUUCUGGUGUAAUAUAUGAAAUGAUUGAUGUACUGGUUUGUGAGGCCAAUGGUGAACCAAAUGCUGCAGCCAUACAAUUACUUUUCAAGUGUCUACUGCCAAAAUUCAUUGCAGCAUCUGUAGACUGCCGGCAUGUUAAUAAUGUGAUCAGAGCGUCAUAUGUAACAUAUUCAGGAUUAUUGUUAACAAAAUUUGGAAAAGCAGCUUUACCUGGUUAUGUUGUCCUUUUAGAACAUCUUUGCUACACUUUAGAUGGACUUGAAAAAGCUGAGGUUCGUUCUGCUCGUGUAUCACUUGUUGUGGGCCUUAUGAGUCUCUUGCCUCGCAAAUCUUAUGGAAAUUAUGUAAAAUGGCUACUUAAAUUAUCAACAACUGCGAAAGUACCUCAUAGACAGAUUGCAUUGGAAAUGCUGGCUAAGCUUUUAAAUAAUGAUCCUGAUUUGUCAACACCUGAUCAUUCUAGUGAAAAAGAGAAGAAGCCUUCCUUGCCUGGAACAACUAAUGCAGAAACAACUGAGGAGCCUAACCAAAAUGUGCAAGAAGAUAAUGCUAUAGAUGAAAACAAUUUGGAAUCACAACCAGGAACUUCACAGUCUAUCACUACUGAAAUUGAAAGCACCCAAAAUAUACCUACAGACAAUGACGAAGCGGAGGAGGACGUAGCCGGGCUGCUGCGCCAGCGCACGCACACCAUCGUGCACGCCGAAGUGCUGCGCGCCGUGUACGAGCGCGUGCACGACGUGUCCAGCACGCUGCGCACGCGCGCUCUUGCGCUGCUCGCCGACUGUCUGACCUCCGAACAUCCUGCCAUGAAGGAGGCUAUCAAGGAGCUGAACGGCGCGGGCGCGGUGUCGCGGCUGGCGGCGGUGGGCGCGCGCUGCGUGUGCGACGAGCGCGCCGUCGUGCGCAAGGCGGCCGCGGGGCUGCUGCACCGCCUGCUCGCCGACAUGCUGCACGACGGCCGGACGCCCCAGGACUCGGACUACGCGAUGCUGGUGGGCCUGUGCCGCGACGCCAGCAUCGUGGUGCGUGUGAGUGCGGUGGGCGCGCUGGGCGAGCUGGCCGCGAGUGCCGCCCACCGCGCCGCGCUCGAUGCCUUCCUCGCCGGGCCCAUGCACCGCCUGUCCGACCCGGAGACCAAGAUUCAAGACCAAGUUGUGGCUCUCAUACAGCAACUUUUAAUAGAGCGCAUACGUAAGUACGACGCUCUCGUAACGGAAGAUCCAUUGCCGUGGGAGUUCCUCGCCGGAAUCACGCGUCAUAAUAUGAAGAGACAUCUUCAGAAAGCGUGCGCGUUGCUGGCCAAGUCAUCGAAUUGCAUCAAUCAUCGUUUAGUGGAUUUAUUAAGUACCCACUUGGGGAUACUCAACGACGAACGAGACUUGCAGUGCCUGGUGCUUCUGACAAGCAUUUCGCGUCACGUGGAUUACUCAGAUGUCGGCUUCCUGCUGGACUACUAUUACAAUCUGACCGAAAAACCGGAGCGGGACGCGCGGCUGGUGCCGCUGUCGCUGGAGCUGCUGGCCACGUGGUCGGCACGUGUGGGGGGCGAAGCACGAGCCGCACUGCGCGACCAUCUCGUCACGCGCCUGGCAGCCGCCGUCGACGACGGAAGCAGAACUGCGAGCGCGUCGCUCGCGGCUCAACUGGAUCCUGAAAAUUUGCAGUGGGCAACGGAGUUGAUGCAAAUAUCGGAGCGGCGCGCGCUCGAGAGCGGCGCGGGCGACGUGCGCGAGUGGGUGCGCGCCGCCGACGUGUCGCUGGUGGCGCCCGCGCCGCCCUCGCCGCAGCUGCUGCGCCUCUUCCUCGCCGCGCUGGCGCAACCGCCACCCGAGUGGGGCGACGAGGAGCGCGGCCUGUGCGCGGCGGGCGCGGGGCGGCUGUGCGUGCGCUCGCGGGACGCGGCGGCCGCGCUGGCGCCGUCGCUGGCCGCGCUGCUGCGGGACGACGCCGCGCCGCUCUGCGCGCGCCUCAACACGCUGCUGGCGCUCACCGACAUCUGCACCAGGUACUCGUGCAUCGUGGAGCCGCAGCUGGACUCGGUGUGCGGAUGCGUGGCGCCUCAGGCGGCGCCCCCGCUGCGACGGGCGGCGGCUCGCGCACUCACACGCCUGCUGCUCGCCGGGUAUCUUCGUCUGCGCACGCCGCUCUACUAUCGGUACUGCGCGCUGCUGGCGGACGAGGACCACGACGUGCGCGAGCCGGCCGAGUACUACGUGUCGUGCUGUCUCACCGUCGACACCAUCUAUCAUCACUUCGUCGACUGCGUGCUGCACUACAACAACCAGGAAAGCGAGAGCAUUUCGUUCGACGCGCGGCAGCUGAUCUACGACGUGAUGCUGCAGCGCAUGUCGCUGGUGCAGAAGCUGAACGUGCAGUGCCGGCUGGCGCGCGAGGUGCUGGAGCACGCGGGCGCGCUGUGCGACGACGGCGACGAGCUGUCGGCCGCGCUCAACGCCGCGCUGCUCGACACCAUCACGCUGCUCUGCGGCCCGCGCAUGAAACUGCCCAAAAAACCGGAAAAAGCCGGGGAUGCCGAUAUAGAUGACCUUCAGGAACGAGUUACGACGAACAUCGUAUCUCAUAAAAUGAAGCGCACGGUGGCGGAGGUGCUGGUGCCGGCCGUGCUGCGGCUGUACGCGCACAUGCGGCCGCGCGGCGGGCAGCUGGCCGCCUACCUCGUGCGCAUCGCCACCGACCUGCUCAACGACUACCGCCACGAGAUCGAGGAGCUAAUAGAGAACGACGAGGAACUAGUGGAGCGCGUACAGCAGUUCCAGGAGACCAUAGGGCUCGAGGCGUCGUUCGGCAACACCCGCAACCUGGUGACGGCGUCCGCGCCGCCCGAGCCCGACACGCCGCGCGCACGCAAGCGCCCGCGACCCUACGCGCACUCGCCCCGGAAGAGGGCGCUGCGGAUAUAGUCGCCACAGCGCUGCGUACAGCUGACGCAUGGCAGACCUGGAGCUUAUCUAUUAACUGUUUUAAUCUUGAAAAUUAUGUCAAAGUAUAAGUUUUCUCUCACCUUACACUGCUAGAGAUAAUAUUAUCUUCACAGUGACGAUGACGAAGUCUUUACACUAAAUGCGAUCCUACUUCAGUGUGAGAUAUUUAUUUAAAAGUCCUGCCAUUACAUUAUUGAUAUACCAAUGAAAACAAACAAGUGUUAUCUAAUAUUAUAAUAUAUAUCUGAUAGAAACUACCACCUGUUAUAUUUAGCGCUAUUACAUUUGAAAUACAAGUUAAUUUUAAACUCUUCAAAUAUUCAGAUUAGGAUAAAAUUUCAAAUGUAUGCAAGAUAUUUAAAUCGACAGGAUUCUGCAAAUGGAGACGCUAUUCUAUCUUAAGAAGAUACAAGUAUUACACAUCAUAUAAAAGUCCGUAUAUGUUUUAAUACGGACAAGUCAUGUAAGUAUAAUU